AUGAUCACAUUAAUAGUGUGCAUACUAGUCGCAAAAUAUUCUAGUAAGAAGACGCUUGAGAAAUUGGAUCCUGUGGUGACAACGAUAAGUAUUCUCUUCUAUGGGUAUUCGCUGGUGAAAUUUCUCGUAUUCGACGAAAAUGCGGGAUAUAUUUAUUAUCCCGGUGUAUAUAUCAAUGUUGUUUCUUCAAUCUUGUGCUCUACUCUCCUGUACGUUAUCGUCAAAAAAUCUGUAAUUGGCAAAAAAUUCGGAUACGAGCAAUUGGAAAAUGAAGACGAGGAAUCAACCACUACCGAAAAUACAGAUUCUGAAAAUGAGGAAGAUAAGAAAGAAGAAGAUGAGGCUAGGCUUCCAUUAUUUCAACACAUAUGGCUUAUAGCGAAAAUUUGUGGAAAACAAUGGCGAUUUUAUACGGUGUCCUACGUAUUGCUGCUGGUUGUUUGUGGAUUAACUCUAAUGGAUCCAUGGCUUUAUGGAACCAUGAUCAAUGUGAUUGUCCAACAACACAAGUUCACCGAGGUAGCGCUUAGCAUAGCAUAUCUCUACGGAUUAUGGGUCAUCAUAUCAUUUGUCUCCGCUGCCAAAUCGUUUGCGAUGGGAAUCGCUCAAAAUCGAACCUCAUGCCAAGUUCGCAUCGCGCUUUUUAACGCGCUAUUGAAACAGGAGAUCGCAUUUUUCGACACAAACAAAACCGGACAGCUCAUGUCUAGAAUUACCCAUGACAGUGGCUCGAUAUCUGAAUCAUUGCCGAAAAAUUUCGAAACGGCGACAAAAAGUAUUGUGACCGUCUGUGGAACGGUACCAAUCAUGUUGUAUUUGUCAUGGCGAUUAACAACGAUAGCUUUUAUCAGUUUUCCUCUAUUCUGGUUAUCAACGAAGUACUAUGGACUAUUCACAGAAAAGCUAUCUGAAAUUGAGACUAAUACAACCGCUCGCUCGAAUGAAACUGUGCAAGAAGUGUUCUCUGCUAUUCGAACUGUUCGAUCGUUUGCUGCCGAGAAGAUGGAAAUGAACAAUUAUAAAGGAAAAACUGAUGAAUGCUACAAAAUUGGAAGGAAAAGUGUUUUGUUCAAAUCGAUUUUUGAUGUGAUUUGGUCAAUGUGCUGGAUUGUAAUGGGAUUUGCCGUAUUCACAUAUGGAGCCUACUUAGCUGAUACUGGAAGAAUGUCGUCGAAAACUAUAUUGAGUUUCAUUUUCUAUCACUACAAUUUGAUAAAUACGCUCAAUAGCUUCAGUAACAUGUUUACGGAUCUGAUGAAAACCAUUGGAUCAUCACGGAAAGUGAUUAGUCUUCUUCACAGAGCUCCUUUAAUUGAUUUGGAGCAAGGAAAUUUGGAACCGGAAAUUUCUGGUGAAAUCGCAUUCGAGGAGGUCGAUUUUUCAUAUCCAACGAGAAAAAAUACGGAUGUUCUGAAAGGACUAAAUUUGGUUUUUGAGCCAGGAAAGACGACAGCACUUGUCGGUCAUAGUGGAAAUGGAAAAACUACAAUUGUUUCUCUAAUUCAACAUUACUACGAACCAAAAAAUGGGCGAAUAUCGAUUGAUGGUGUCCCUGUUCAAAACAUUCGUCAUGAAUACUACCAUAAAAAGAUUGCUCUGGUUGCGCAAGAACCAACAUUAUUUAGCGGAACCAUUCGCGAUAAUAUUUUAUAUGGAAUGGAAGAGGCGACUGAGGAUGAUAUGCUGAGAGUAUCGAAGUUGGCGAAUGUUGAUCCAUUCGUAUCGAAACUGGAGAAAGGUUACGACACUCUUUGUGGUGAGAAGGGAGUACAGAUGUCAGGAGGCCAGAAGCAGAGAAUUGCUAUAGCACGUGCUUUAAUACGUGAUCCUUCUGUGCUAAUUUUGGACGAAGCUACCUCAGCCCUGGAUACUGAAUCAGAAGCAGAAGUUCAAGAAGCUCUCAAUAGAUGUGCUACUGAUCGUACAGUUAUUGUCAUUGCGCAUCGACUUUCGACGGUCCGAAAAGCAGACCGUAUUGCUGUUGUGCAAAAAGGCCAAAUUGUCGAAAUUGGAACUCAUGAUGAGCUUAUCAAAAAUUCUGAUGGCGCAUAUUAUAAAUUGGUCUCAAAACAAGCCGAUUUGAGCUAA